AUGCAGCAGACACGGUCACUAGUCGGCCUGAUCACCAGGGUCCCCCUCCGCACCGCCACCACCUUCACACCAUACAGAGCCUCCGCAUCAGCAUCCCUCCACACCACAACCCUGUCCGCCGAGGAAGAGAAGCGUGGAUUCCUGUCAAGACUCAACCCCUUCGCCAAGACGACGAAACAGGAAGAUGUCAAGAGCUCACCGGCGCAGGUUGCCAAGGCCCAGGAGGAGUUGAAUGUCGAGAUUGAGGAGGAGGAGGCUUCCGUCCCCAGCUGGAAGAGCGAGCGCAAGGAGUUGAGUGCUGAGGAAUUGGAAGAGUCGAUCCGAUCGGCCGCUGCUCCCUUUGUCAACACCGCCGCCGGUACUCACCUCAACAAGAUCCAACUCGACGACCCCAAGAUCAAGUUCCAGGCACGUUCUCUUUCUUUUUCCGUUAUGAAGGCGAUCGCAGUGCAAACCGGCCACGAGAUCCCCAACAAGGACAUCUCGACUAUCCAAACCCUCAAAGACAUCCACUCGACCCUCUUCUCCCUGUCCUCCGCAUCUGAGGACGCUUCGGAAAACCCCAAGGGCCACGUCGUUGCAGAAUGGUUCCAAAAGAACCAGGACUCCUUUCCCCCUAAUAUGUUGUUCAUCCCUUAUGUCAAGGCCAAGGGCGUUAAGGCUGAGGACCGCAAGCGUACCAACAAGCGCUUCUUGUAA